AUGGGUGUAUGGCUCGGCUUAGAGAUCGCAUGGAGAGCCUUGGUAUUCUCUAUUGGUUUUGGGUCGAGCUGGCCGGAAGAUUCCUCUUUGAUUCUAAGAAAUGAAAUUAAGAUCUACGGACAAGGCAUUAUUUAUUAUAUAUACCCCUCCCCCUGGGGGUCCUACAUGGUUUCCAAAUAUACAUGGAUUAGAUCUUUCAUGCCACGAUCGGGUCCAAACAAGAACUUAAUAUUUGGGGAGCAUAGAGCCAGAUCGGACAGCAAGCCGAAGGACUAG